AUGCGAUUGGUGCGCGGUAAACGCGGCUGCAGCCUCACGACGGGGUCGUGGGUGAUCGACAAUAACCGACCCGCGUACGACGAGAGCACGUGCCCGCACCUCAAGGAGGUCGCCGCUACCACGAACUGCUUGGGCUCGCGUUAUUCGCGCCCCGAUCGCAACUGGAUGCGUUACUCGUGGAAGGCGCACGAGUGCGGCGCGCAGCCCCUUCGAUUCGACGCACGCAACUUCCUCGAGAAGAUGCGGAACAAGAACAUCUUGUUCGCGGGCGAUUCGCUAAUGUGGGAGGGUUUCUUCCCGUCGUUCCUGUGCCAAGUGCACCGCGCGUCGCCCGCGCGCAAGGUGAACUACGACAGCCGCUUCAAGCAGACCACGUGGACGGUCGACGAAUACAAAGUCACGCUCAUCCACGUGUGGAGCCCCUUCCUCAUGGACUUCAGCUCCGACUCCAAGGUCCUUAAGAGGCUUAAGAUCCAGCACCCAGCGCUGGGCGACACGGCAGUGAACCUCUUCCAACCGGACCCCAACUGGACGCUGCUGCUGCCACACGUGCACCUGGUGCUGCUGCAGUCUGCCACCCACUGGCCGAAUGCAGACAAAUGGCUCCGCCGCUUCUUCACCGACCGCAAGUGGCAGAUGCUGCCGCGCCAGCCCGACACUUUUGAGGCGUACAUGGGCGCAAUGAACGCGGUGAGGGAGAGGCUGAGCCGCAAGCCGUCGAGCAAGGGCGGGCGCUACGUGGCCUACUUCCUCUCUGCGCCUCCCCGCCUGGCUGGCUGCCAGAACACCGUCACUCUCAGCCCACCGGCGCAGGUGGCUUACCUCCGCUCCAAGAACGCGCAAAGCAAGAUCUGGUUCCGCACGCAGAAGCAGCUUUUCGGGCGGAAGAACUCGCGCGUGCGACUCCUCGACAUCACGCACCCGUCGCUCGCACGUGCCGACGCCAUGAUCGGGUCGCAGGGCAAGGCGAGCAUGGACUGCCUGCAUCCCUGCUUGCCGGGCCUGCCUGAUAACUGGGUUGACUUGUUUUAUGCUGCCUGGAUGGCAGACAAAGGCUUCUGA